AUGGCCUCCUACCAGGCAAACAGGCCAGCUCCCUAUCAGCAGCGCCGUUUCGCGGGCGGGUCUGGUGGAGGCGGGGGAGGGUAUGGAGGAGGAGGCGGCGGCGGCGGGUAUGGUGGGGGAGGCGGUGGGGGGCAGCAGUUCAUCGACGGGAAGCGAGUGCGCAAGGCCAUUCAAAGGCGUACUAUCGACCUCAACGCCUUUAUUAUUCGCCACCUUGAGACACGAGCAUAUCAAAGGAACUGGAAGCAGCAUUUGGCAGUACAGCCCGACCCAAAUUUCAUCAUCGAUGUCCUAGCUCCUUUUUGCUAUCCGAACAACCCAUCAACCUCAAUAACUACCAAAUUUGUGCAUACUUCUACCAAUAAAAUUCGAUGUCCCAUAAACGCUGUCAGGUGGACACCAGACGGCCGACGACUGAUUACAGGCGCCUCAAGUGGGGAAUUCACGCUAUGGAACGGUUUAACAUUCAACUUCGAGACCAUCAUGCAGGCACACGACACAGCAGUACGCACGAUGGUAUGGUCACAUAACGACACAUGGCUGAUCACGGGCGAUGACGGUGGCAUUGUCAAGUACUGGCAGUCGAACCUUAAUAACCUCAAAGUGGUGGUCGCGCACAAGGAGACGGUGCGCGAUUUGUGCUUUUCGCCGACUGAUGCAAAGUUUGCGAGCUGUUCGGAUGAUGGGACGAUCAAGGUUUGGUCGUUUGCUGAUGGAAUCGAGGAGAGAGUCUUGACGGGGCACGGAUGGGAUGUGAAAUGCAUUGAUUGGCAUCCAAGCAAAGGCCUACUUGCAUCGGGAUCCAAGGACAAUCUGGCAAAACUCUGGGAUCCCAAGACAGGGAAGGCUCUCUCAACGCUUCAUGGUCAUAAGAACACAAUUCUGGGCAUUCAAUGGAAUAAGAACGGAAACUGGCUCGCGACAGCCUCUCGCGACCAGCUGCUGCGAGUCUUCGAUAUCAGAACGAUGCGGGAGAUGCAGACCUUCCGUGGGCACAAGAAGGACGUACAGUCCGUGGCAUGGCACCCCUUCCACGAAACAGAGUUCGUUAGUGGUGGAACGGAUGGCAGUAUGAUGUUCUGGAACGUUGGCGUCGAGCACUCAACUGGCGGCAUCGAAGCAGCACAUGAAUCCUCCGUCUUUGCGCUCGACUGGCACCCGCUAGGCCACAUCCUCGUUUCCGGCUCCAACGACCAUACCACCCGCUUCUGGGCGCGGAACAGGCCCGCUGACGGCAUGAGCGACGUGUUCAGUUUCGUGCGCGAUGAUCGGUAUGGGAACGCGAGGGACGACGAUCACCACCACCACCAUCAAGACGAUGCCCACCAUCAUACGACCACAGUCCCGGAUGUAGUAGCACACGAUCCAGCGGCGCUGCUGCCCGGGUUGGGAUCGGGAUUACCGCCUGGGUUAGGGCAGGGGACACCUGCAGGGCGGAGAGACCACGAUGGAGGAGCCGCAUCACAGCAGCGCGGCGGCUAUGAAGAUGCCCAUCGCGACCGUCGACCGCCGCCGCCACAGUUCCGAGAUAAUAAUCCGCAGGGCAACCCCAACUUGGUGGCUAUGGGUUCGCGGCAUAAUAGCAACAACAGCAGCGGCGGCAAUUACGGCAAUACGCAGCACCAACAGCGGUUCGCCCCGCCUGAUGCCAGGGAUCAGCGGUUUGGCGCGGGGCGAGGGGCUGGGCCGGCGUAUAACGAGGGGCGGUUUGGCGGGCCGGGUGGUGACAGAAGGGACGGGGAGCGGCGGAAUGACGGAGGUGGUGGGUGGAAUGGCGGAGGAGGAGGAGCAGGAGGGGCCCGUCCGCCAUUCCAGCAAUAUCCGCAACAAAUGAGCAAUACGCCGCCGCCACACCAACAGCAGGGGCGACCGGCGUACCCACAAGUACAACCACCACCGAACCCGCUCUCACAGCAAGAACAGCAGCAGCAAACACAACAGAUUCUCUCGCAACUCGCGGCACAAGGCAUUCCUCUCAACUCGGGCCUUGUGAACGCGUUCGGGCAGGGAGGCACGGGUACAAAUAAUCCACCAAAUGACGGGCGUCGGUAGAAGCGCUUUCCUCGUGAAACAAUCGUACACGGCUUGCUCCUACAGAACUGGGGCGAGCAAUAGGUAUAUCCGCACAAAACUCCCGGAAACAUCCACGUAACUGUAUCUUGUGCUCUGCGAAGCACAUCUCGGAGGAACAAUUACCUGAGUCUAAACGAAGCUGGAUCCCCCUUCUACACUGUAUAUACAAUCUUCGCUCCUAAUCAAACACUGAAACACUCGGUCAU